AUGGGUCAACUUUAUGGUGCGACUCUUUUACCAUUUGGCGCUAUCUGUGUUGUUUUCCUGUGGGAAUCUGGGGCCAGCUCCGUCAGGACGACGCUUGCAGUGGACACCUCGAGAGCCGAGUGUCCAGAUAAUAAAAUCUUGACUGUGGAGUAUCCCUGUGUCAGAGCUGGGGGGAAGAACAGCACUUGUUUCAGGAGGAAAUGCUGUGAUGGAUUCAGGUUUGUGAUGGGCCAGUGCAUACCUGAAACCGUGGACGUGUGUGCAGCGUCACCUUGUGAGCAGCAGUGUACUGAUAACUUUGGACGAGUCGUCUGCACAUGUUACCCCGGGUAUCGCUUCGACCGAGAAAGACACCGCAAUCACAGAUCUCCUUACUGCCUCGACAUCGACGAGUGUGAGCACCCGGGCAGCAGCAUGUGUGACCAUGAGUGUGUGAACACAGUGGGCAGCUUCCUGUGUCGCUGUCGGAGCGGCUACAUUCUGGCGCCGGACCAGCGCUCCUGCAUCCCUGUACACAACUUGAGUUCAUCGGGGAAGUCAGACACCUUGAUGAGCGCUGGUACCUGCUCGUUCACCUGCCAGGACUUCAUGAACAUGAAAAACAGUCUGCUGCAGCUAAAACUAAGGCUGGGCAACGCACAGUCACCCAACCAGGUGCCUGACCUAGCCAACAGCAGUGACAAGCCAUCUCUGGGGAGGGCAGGAAAAAGUCCUGAUAGCCCGUGUCUUCCCGGUCUGCCCGGUCCUCCAGGAGCCCCUGGGGUCCCAGGUCACCCAGGAGAACCAGGAAAGAGAGGGGACACAGGGGACAGGGGCCCGCCUGGCCCCCGGGGUCCACGGGGAGACAUGGGACCCAUGGGUCCAGAGCCUGACCUGAAGCACAUCAAACGAGGCCGCAGGGGGCCAGUGGGACCCCCAGGGGCACCAGGAAGAGAUGGACUAAAGGGUGACAGAGGAGCUCCUGGUCCCAGAGGUCCACCUGGACCACCCGGCUCCUUCGACUUCCUUCUGCUAAUGAUGGCUGACAUCCGCAAUGACAUCAUUGAACUGCAGGAGAAGGUGUUUGGGGAGCGGCGAGGCAUCUCUCUGGACAAUCCUCCUCAAUCCAGCGGGGAGGUGGAAUUUGUGGACUGGGGCUCUGGACAAGGAGAUCUCAUGCUCAAUACCUGACCUUUGACAUGCCACCCACAGUAACAGCCACUCAAGCCCAGCAGAACAAACACCAAACUUGACUCUUUGUUUCUCUCGUGAUAAAGGAUACUGAUGGUCAGAUGGCCAACACGUAAAUCAUUUCUAACCUCACAGCUGGGAUGAGCUAAGAAAGGAGCCUUGAUUACACUCUCAACACUGCACAGACAGUAAAAGAGAGACUCAAGGAUUAUAAAAACAGGAACUGGAGCACAGACUCUCUUAACCACUGCAAGCGCUGUGUCUGUGUGGCUGCCUUUCAUAUGCUGUGGUGUGAGUGAGGGUUGUGUGUGCAGGACGGAGAGGGAGGAAGAUGCAGUGUGUGCCUUUAUGUCUGAGUAGCUGAGCUGAGUCUCUGAGCCGAGUCUCUGAGCUGAACCACUUCAAACGAUGGACUUUAUCGUCUCCAUCUCUUCCUGUUCCCGAGUCUGUCCACAGAAGCUCUGCUGCCACUGACAGUUUGCCUGCAGGGCACCGGUACAAAGACCCAGGACCUGCACUGUGAGCCUCCCCUGCACCUGUCUGCAGCGCCCAGCCUGAAGCCAGAGAUCUGCAGCUGUCCUCUACUCUGAGGCAUCUUCAGAAACUAAUUCAUGAGAUUCAUGAGUACAAUCUCAAUGUUGUACUGUAUUUUUAAAAUGUUGUAUACUUAAACAACUCAAGUUCAAGUAGGCUAAAAGAAUGACUGAUGCAAUGUGUUCAUCGAAAUAUAAUCUAAGAGACAUUUUAAAUAAGCAUAAUCUGCAGGUAUGUGCUGCUUAUAAUAACAUGCAGUACAUUACACUAAAAGGUUGUACAACAUUCAAGCUUUAAAUUAAAAGGAUGGAAUGAAAUUAUGUGUUGGGAAAGGCAGAUAAUCACUUUUUCAAAUCACUUUUAUAACCCAUUUAUCAUCAGACUAGUUGACUAUGAACGUACUCUUGAUUAGAGAGAUGGCCUGAAGGGAACAGUGUCAUGGGGGCGGGUGCUGCACAUAUUCUCAUACUUUCACUUGAUGAAACAAGACACAUGAAGAAGGAAGGCUGCUUGAGUUUACUUUAGUAACACACAGUGUGAUAACACACUGCAAAGGAGUAAUAAACAUUGCGCAGUUGGACAAAACAUUGUGAAAUGAGUGCAAGAAAAAUACAGUAUUGUGUUGUGGAGUUCAGUUUGUGGGCAAAAAACAAUAAAGCAAAGCAGAGCCAUAAACCAAUUAGAGGAACAGUUUGACUUCUUGUGGAGUGUUAGAUGAGAAGAUAUCACUCUCAUGUUUGUCUAAUAAAUAUGAAGCUACCAAGAAGUAACUGUUAGUAAAUGAGGUUUGGAGGAGUUGGUAGGCAGUUUUCAUGCUAAUGUUAAACAGAAACUUCACAUAUAUUGUACAGACAUGAUAUUGGUAUCUCUUCUUCUUCUUCUCAUCAAACGUUUGGCUAAAGAGUGCAAGCUUACCAAUUAAAAUAUUGUAUCAUGCUCGUUUAAUCUGUAGAAAAACCUUCAGAGGAGC